ACUCACUCAAUGUUCUCCUGCUACUUCCAGCAUUGUGCCAGUUUUCAUCUCUACAGUGGACGAACCCCAAAGAGAAGUACUAACUUAUGCUCUACUUGACACCCAGAGCGACUCAAGUUUCAUCUUGGAAGAUCUUCUUGAAAGUUUGAAUGUUGUCUCACAACCUGUGCAAUUGAGGCUCAGCACCAUGACAGCUGCUGACACGAUCACUGCCAGUAAGAGAGUCUGUGGACUUAAAGUAAGAGGACUACAAUCUGCAAGUUCUAUACCACUACAGCAAGCAUACACAAGAGACUUCAUUCCAGUGGACAAGUCGUAUAUUCCCACCAAGCACACAGCGCUUCAGUGGAGUCACCUCAGACACUUAGCAAGUCAGCUGUCACCACUUUUGAACUGUGAAGUCGGACUUUUAAUUGGAUUUGACUGCCCAUCUGCUCUAGCUCCCUUGGAAGCAAUUAUAGGUGGUGAAAAUGAGCCUUUCGCGCAAAGAACUGUGCUUGGGUGGAGUAUUAUAGGCCUGUCUAAUCCACACCUUGACCGACAAGGAAAUCAGAGUUUUGUCCACCGUGUUGCAGUAAAGGAAAUACCUGUCCCAUCGGCCAAUGAUAUCCUGAAAAUUCUUGAGUCAGAUUUCAAUGAAAAAGCUUAUGAGGAUAAAUGUGUGUCACAAGAGGAUGUUCGUUUCAUACAGCACCUCAGUGCCAAUAUUCAUCAGAAGGAUAAUGGACAUUACGAGCUUCCUCUCCCAUUUAAGUGCAGCAGCCGACCCUCACUACCCAACAACAAAGGGCUAGCAACUGCUCGACUACAACACCUAAAGAAACGGCUCAAGUCCAAUAAACAGUAUUAUGAUCACUACAAGGCUUUCAUGGAAGAGAUGAUUAUCAAAGGUGAUGCAGAACAAGCUCCAGCUAUACUAAGUGGAGAGACAGUGUGGUACAUCCCACACCAUGGGGUGUACCACCCUCAGAAACCAAACAAGCUGAGGGUGGUAUUCGAUUGUUCAGCAAAGUUUCGUGGUAUAUCAUUAAAUGACACACUUCUGACUGGGCCUGAUCUAACCAAUUCCUUGGUGGGAGUGCUGUGCCGUUUCAGAAAGGAGCCAGUUGCAGUUACCUGUGACAUAGAGAAGAUGUUUCACCAGUUUCUCGUCCCACCUGAUGAACGCAAUUACCUGAGAUUCUUAUGGUGGGAGGGUGGAGACUUGGAGAAAGAGCCUCAAGAAUAUCGCAUGGCAGUCCACCUCUUUGGUGCCACGUCUUCACCUGGGUGUGCUAAUUUCGGCCUAAAGUACCUGGCACAGCAGCACAAGGUUAACUAUCCUUCAGCCUCAGCAUUCAUUGAGAAGAACUUUUAUGUGGAUGAUGGGUUAACCAGUGUUCCCUCAACCAGUGAAGCCAAAGAACUAAUAAUGCAAGCUCAAAGAGUGUGUAAACAUGGAGGUUUACGGCUUCACAAAUUUAACUCAAAUAAGGAAGACGUUCUGAGUUGUUUAAACCCGUUAGAAAAGGCAACAACAUCAAAGCCUCUUGACUUUAAUCUUGAAGCAACACCAGCUGGACGUGUACUCGGCAUUCAAUGGUCAACAAAGGAUGACACAUUCAGUUUCAGCAUCGACCUUAAGGAUCAACCAUUGACUCGCCGUGGUAUUCUGUCUGUUAUAGCCUCUCUAUAUGACCCUCUUGGGUUUGUCGCCCCAUUUAUUCUACAGGGAAAGUGUAUCCUACAAGAACUUUGUCGUAGAGGUACUGAAUGGGACAACGAACUUCCUGAUGACUUGCGUCCUCAAUGGGUGGAUUGGAAAAACGAUCUUCUGAAACUCAAGGAAGUAUUGAUACCAAGAUGUUAUCACCCACAUACCUUCAGUGAAAUAGUCAGAACAGAGUUACACCACUUCUCUGAUGCGAGUAAUGUAGGAUAUGGUGCUUGUUCCUACCUCCGCUUCAAAAAUGAAAAGAGUGAAGUCCACUGCUGUCUGGUGAUGGCUAAAGCCAGGGUCUCACCUACAAAGGUCAUAAGCAUUCCCAGGUUAGAACUCUCAGCCGCUGUCAUAUCUGCCAGAAUGAGUGUCAUGCUGAAAAAUGAGCUGGAAAUGAAGAUUGACCAAGAGUUCUUCUGGACAGACUCGCAGGUCGUUUUAGCAUACAUUAACAACGAAGCCCGUAGGUUUCAUGUUUUUGUCGCAAAUCGAGUGCAGCUGAUACGAGAUGUCACAGAUCCUAGUCAGUGGUGUUACGUAAAUACAACAGAUAACCCUGCUGAUUAUGCAUCUAGAGGGCUUAAUGCGUCUGCCAUCUCUACAUCAAUGUGGUUAUCAGGACCCAAAUUCCUGUGGGAACAGGAAGUAAAUGCAACACCAUACACACCUGUGAACCUGCUUGUCGGUGAUCCUGAAGUUAAAUUAGUCCAAACCUUUGUGACCUCCGUCAGAGACGGAGCAGACAUCCUCAGUCGCUUAAGUCGAUUCUCUUCUUGGUCUAUGCUUCUAAGGGUGGUUGCAAGAAUAAACAGAUUGGGCCACAAACAGAUGUACAACGGUGAUCAUGUGACAGUUGAAGAACGUGAGAGAGCUGCUAAGGUGGUCAUCAAGCUUGUACAGCAGCAAGCAUUCUCAAAGGAAAUGCAAAUAAUUGAAAGAGGAGAAGCUCUACCAAAUUCAAGCGCACUGUACCCUCUGGAUCCUAUUUUGGACAAUGGCAUCCUCCGUGUUGGUGGGAGGCUAAAACACUCAUCUCUCAGUCAAGAUCUAAAACAUCCUGUAAUACUUCCAAAAGGUAACCACAUCACUAAACUAAUUCUGUCACAUUACCACACCAAAGUUCGUCACCAGGGAAGAAGCCAAACUCAAAUGGAGUUAAGAAUGAAUGGAUUCUGGAUCAUUGGAGGCAGUAAGUCCGUCGCUAAAUUCAUACACAAGUGUGUGCAAUGUCGGAAACUCAGACGACCAGCUGAAGAACAGCGUAUGGCAGAACUUCCCAGAGAACGUGUUGAGGUUUCCGCUCCAUUCACGUACUGUGGUAUGGACUGUUUCGGGCCAUUUAUUGUGAAGAGAGCUCGUAAGGAGCUUAAGAGAUAUGGCCUAUUAUUCACUUGUCUAUCAUCUCGUGCAGUCCAUAUUGAAAUGAUUGAGGACCUAUCUACAGACUCCUUUAUCAAUGCCCUAAGGUGCUUUAUCAGCCUCAGAGGAGCAGUUCGCAAACUUCAGUGUGACCACGGCACUAACUUUGUUGGAGCUAAAAAUGAAUUCGCAAAAUCACUGAAAGAGAUUGACACCAACGCCUUAGAGAUCUUUCUUACAGAAAGGCAAUGCGAGUUUGUCUUUAAUGCUCCUUCUGCAAGCCAUGCUGGAGGUGUCUGGGAGCGUCAGAUACGUACUGUGCGAAAUGUACUCAAUGCCACACUUGCUUUAUGCCCAGGCAGGCUUGAUGACGCAUCACUCAGAACGCUGUUCUAUGAAGCAAUGGCCAUUGUAAACAGCCGCCCUCUAACGGUAGAUGGGAUUAAUGAUCCAAAUUCACUCGAACCAUUGACCCCAAACCAUCUGAUAAUGAUGAAAUCUGAUGUUGCUCUUCCACCUCCAGGAAAGUUUGUAAAACAAGAUGUGUAUGCCACUAAAAGAUGGCGCAGAGUUCAAUACCUAAUCGAACAAUUUUGGAGUCGUUGGAAGAAGGAAUACCUUCUCAACAUUGCAGCACGUCAGAAAUGGCAUAUUCCUCGCCGUAACCUUCAAGUGAAUGAUGUUGUAAUCAUCAAAGACGAUAUGCUUCCCAGAGGUCAGUGGCAAUUAGGCCGAGUGGUGGAAACCAGUGAAGGAAGUGAUGGUCUUGUAAGGCGAGUUAAGUUGCAGUUAGGGGAGCGAAAACAAAAUCAAUGCUCCAAGCCCACAGUCAUUGAAAGGCCCAUCCAAAAAUUGGUGGUACUUAUUGAAAAUGAGUAAUCAGCGACUGCUUUGUGAUAUCAUUGCAUCAGACAGACUUCACAUGCAUAAAAACUGUGAAGGCGGUCAUAUUGAUGUUCAGAAAUCAUGUUCUGAUUCAUUCACAGUUUGUUCUGUUCUUUCAUCAUCUCAUAAUUGGUGGGAGUGUAAAUGACCGCAAAAAUAUGUAUGUGUGUGUCACUUUAAAUGUGUUGUGUGUGCGCACGCACGCUCUCUACGUAACGUAAGCUGUAACGCAGGUAGAAGAAAGAGGUGCGGACGAGGAGCACAUUGUGGUUCUCACAUGGCGUUUACAAAAGUUUGAAAUAUAUAUUGUAAAAAGUGGAUGCACUUUACGUUUUGGUUCAUCUAGUACCCUUUGGCAAGCGGAGCGAGGUAUGUGUCUUUAUUGUGUGUUUUGCAUGUUGUAUUUUAAAGUAAUAUAUAAUUUCGUAUGGCACGUGUUAUUUGUCGCUCUUUUGGUUAAUUUCUCAUGUAUGUAAUAAUUUAUUUGCCUUUUGGGUAUCUGUAAAUGUGUAUUUGUUUAAGUAAUCUGUCAUUUGUACAUACGUUUUUUAUUUAUGAGUAUAUUGUUUCUUUAUGUAGUUUCACGGUGCUACAACACAACGUUUCUCGAAGUCACGGUUAAUGGCGCUCAAAGCGAGCGAAAUAAAGAAGAUUAAGCACC